UACUUUUUAGUUUAUUCCCUCUGGAAAACUAUCAAGUACGCGUAUUAGAUAUUAGUAUGUAAAUAUUAUCAAUUUUUUAAGAAAGGUUCAAUAUAAACAGAUAGUUUCCGUUUUAAUCUCUAUACUUCAUCGAAGUUUUGCGUCUUUUUGUCGUAUUACGGAACAUCAUGAAUUACAUAACCCUGAUACUAUCAGCCAUUUCCUUAUGCCAAAUUUUACCUGCAAGUGCAUACGAUACCAAGAAGAUUUCAAAAAGAAGUAACUCGAUCGACUGGGAAACCUGUAAUGAUAACGCACCAGUAAAAAUCCAGAGUCUGUCCAUAACUCCAUAUCCAAUACCAUUAAGAGGAACCGUUACUAUAAGUGCCAGUGCCGAGGUAGAAUGCGCUAUUGAAGGACCUAUACACGUAAAUAUUAAAAUAUACAAAAAAUUUGUUGCUUGGAUUCCUGUAAAAACUAUUGUUAUAAAUGACUUAUGUGAGAAGUUUCCGUCAAAAUGUUCCGAGACGCCGAAGGAAAAUGAAUUGCCAUGUAAAUGUCCAAUUGAAGCGAAUUCAUACCGCAUACCACCUGUUGAAUUCCAAAUGCCAGAAUUACCGGCUGCUGACUUCUUAGUCAAAGGAGACUACAGUGCAACUAUAAAAGGAUCUGAAUGCGGGACCGAAGUUUUCUGUUACAAUGUAUAUUUUUCAUUAGGUUAAUAGUAAAUAUGUAUAUUUAUCAAAUGCUUAACCACGACGAAUUUUGAAUAUAAUGUAUUUUAGUUUAUUAAAUUUAUAAUUGAAUGAGUUGAUUGCACCGUUUUAAGGUUAAACCAAGAACGAAUUUCUAUUAAUGUUCUGUCAAUGAUAUUUAUUUAAAAUUUUAAUAUUAAAUUAUGUUAAUGUCGAAUCCAUCAAUAAAUGAAAAAGAGGAAGAAGAUUCGUACAUGUUUGCUGAUAUAUUAUUUUUAAUUUGUUAUCUCAAAAUCGUAUUUAUUAUUGAUAAUCGUUUGUAUUUUCAUAUUGUAGUUCUUUGUUUAAGAAAAUCGUUUUAAAUUUUUUGCGGGUUUAAUAUGUAAAUCUUAAUGAUUUCAUGUCGGUAUUCUUUGGAAAAAAAUCUUAAUAAAAAUUUCUAAAUUAUUAUUUUUAUCUUAAAA